CCAAUCCAGUCACUGCUCGUCAGCAAGACACCCGGCGCCUGGCUCCUGCUCCCCGCCUUUGCUACCCGAACUUCCUGCAUAAUGUGUAAAGGGCUCUCCGCUCUGCCAGCAACAUGCUUGAAAAGCGCGAAGGACAUGAAGCACCGCAUCGGCUUCCUGCUUCAUAAAGCCGACCUUCACUCUGACCAGGGAGCAGGCAACAGUAAAGAGAGAGAUUCAGCUCCAAAGAGUGUUCCGGCUGAAGUUGGAAAAUGGAAGGAGUCGCUGACCAACUUGGUGAAUGACAGCGUUGGGCUCCCAGCUUUUGCCACUUUCCUGAAGUCUGAGUUCAGUGAGGAGAAUAUCGAGUUCUGGAUGGUGUGUGAGGACUACAAAAAAAUGGCACCCCACGAAAGUCUUGCGGCCAAGGCCAAUGACAUUUAUGACAAAUAUGUUGCUGUUAAUUCUCCACGUGAGGUCAACCUGGAUUCUGCAACCAGAGAGGAGACCAGGAAAAACUUGCAGAUUGCUGGUCCCUCCUGCUUUGAGGAAGCCCAGAAGAAGAUCUUCCUCCUCAUGGAGAAGGAUUCCUACAGAAGGUUCCUGAAUUCAAAGCUCUUCCUGGAUAUGACACAGUCAGCCAGGAACGGCUUCCCCUGUGGAGUUGAGAAGAGGCGGAGAGGGACAGCCUGUAACCUCGGCCAGAUCUUGCCUCAGUUUGUCUAGAGCAGUGGUUCCCACUCUGGUCCUCAGGGGCCCACAUCUGAUCCAUGUUUUUGCUCCCUCCAAGCUCCCUGUCAGUCAGUCCGUGUUUCCGCUCCCUACCGGGAGCUGGGAGGGAGCGAAAACAUGAGCUGUCUGUGGGCCCCCAAGGACUGGACUGGGAAACACUGACCUAGUGUAUUUACAUGCCUGUUAGAAGCAGUUUCAGAUCUGUCUGAUGUAGCAGAAGGCCUGAAAAACAGUAGAGAUGUGAAGAGUAGAAAUAUAAAGAUUUGUUUUUAUCACUGUGUGGCUAUAUGAGAAAAUAAAUACCGAAAAAUUUGCUAUCUAAAAAUGCCUAACAUUAUUUGUCUUAGAGUAUUAUAACUGUGUUAUACAAGUGAGGUUAGGACAAGACAGGAGUAGCACAAUUCUAAAUGUAAGUUCUAAUCUGUUUAUGUUUCUAACCAUUCUUGUUUGUUCUUGUUUAUCAUUCUAGUACUAAUAUGGCGCUAAUUUAUGUUUAAACACUUUUUCAUUAUUUUUAAUAAUGAAACCUAAUACAUUUUACAUUCUGGAUCACUUUAGCAAUACCUUCAAAGAAUCUAUGUGUGAGAACUGACCUCAGUUACCAUACACACUAAGCUGCAACUGUUAAAAUUCAACAAACAAUUAUUGGAUAAAAAUAUUAUCAUUUUAUUUUCUUGUGUCAUGCUCUGCAUCCUCUGUUUUGCAAGCUCAAACAUGCCUUUGUUGGUAAUUAAAUUUACACGCUAGACAUUGAGUUGGUGCCACAUUCUGCAGAACUACCUCUUAUUACGUUUUUUUUUUGUUGAUACUUGUCUCUGUUUACAGUUAAUAUUUCAGUUACACUGUAUUGGAAUAAAAAGAUGGACGACAAUGUGAGGUUGUGAGACGGAGCAGCCGUGUAUUGGAGUGUCUUCUGUGCAUCUGUGCUGCUGUGUGCCUCAGAGAGUGACACAUUUCCCCCUUUGAGUAUUACCAAGCUUCUGUUUGUGGUCAGAACAUCACAUGGGAAAUCUUGCCUGUUCUCUCUCAUAUUUGACAGGUUUUCAUUCCUAUUAUGAAUCAUCCCCUCUAUACAUUCUCUCUUUGAACAGUCUCACCAUCCAAUCUGUCUUUUGGACCCUUUGUUGAUAUACCUAUCAGACUGUCCGCACGAUGUAUUGUGUGUCUGUGCUUAUUGCGAGAUGUAUUAUUCAAAUUGUUUUCAAAUAUUGCAGUAACUGUGAAGCGGGAACCAACCUCCUUUGUGUUAAGGUCACACACUUUUGGGUCACACACAAUAUCCCUAAUCUGUGUAUUUACCUUAUAUGCUACAUUUAUAGCUUAUGAAUAUCUCAGGCAAAUACAUUCACUGUAUUCACUUUGUCAUCAAUGAACACUGAACAUCUGAUUGUAUUAUUUAUAGACAUUUAUUUCUUGUAAACUGUACAUCACAACAGUUAUUAUUUAUUGCAUCAUUUUUAGUACAUUUUCUUUUGAUGGCUUCUAUAUUUUUGUGUUUUUAUUUAUUUUACUGUUAUUACAGUCUUUUGUUACUAUCUGGAAUAAAACUGUUAAUGAAACAAUUGUAAUCUGCACAUGGUUUAUGAACAGCUAGGAUUAGUCACCUGUUUGCAUAUCACAAAGUUUGCACAGUACAAUAUAUUUUAAAAUAGCUUAAAAAUCUGUUGGGAAUUUGAUUCUGAGGUUCACAGCAUGCAAAUACAAAGAGUUAUGGUAUUAAACCUGGGGUGGGGGAUGGAGGAUGGAGGACCAGUCUCGGUGUGAGUUUUUCAGAAGACUUCUUAAUCAGCCAAUAAUAAAGCAGUAUUUCUCAACUCCAGUCCUGGGGACCCACUGUGAUUGGCUGACUGAGAGGCCAUCCCAAAAACCUGCACCCACAUUGUCCCUCCAUGAAUCAGGUUCCCCACCCCGGUAUAAAAGAGAAGUGCCAAAAUAUGGCUUAUUUUCAUAACUUUAAUAUCAAUGCAAGUCAAUUACUUGCACAUACAGUAAUAUUUCAAAAUACUCUAAUCAACUGUGCGACACAAUGAUCAAAUAUGUACAUAGGAAGAAUAGCUAUCAAAAACUGGAAAAAAACACUGCAGUUUAUAUUCUUAAUCUUUUAUCAAGGUUACUUUGUUCUCAAGUCAGCACAGACACUCUCAGGUUUAAGAAUUUCUUUAUAAGAUGAUUA